AUGGGUUUUAAGGAAGGCUUAAGACCAUUUAUUGGGUUAGAUGGUACAUUCCUUAAAGGAAACGCCAAGGGUCAAUUAUUGAUUGUUGUUGGUCAAGACAGUAUGAAUCAAUUUUACCCUCUAGCAUGGGCAGUGGUUGAUAAAGAGACUAAGAGGACUUGGAUCUGGUUCUUACAGCAGUUGCAAAACUCACUUGAACUCCAUAAUGGCAAAGGAAUAACCUUCAUAUCAGACAUGCAGAAGAGAUUUUGCGUAAAGCACAUUGAGGCAAAUUGGUGCAAAAGGUGGAGAAAAGGUGAGUUGAAAAAGCUUCUAUGGUGGGGUGCAUGGUCCUCCUAUGCUAAGGAGUUUGGAGACCAACUUGAACAGAUGAAGCAGUUGGAUGAACCUGUUGUAAAGGACUUAAUUAGCAGGUAUCCUCCAGAAACAUGGUGUAGAGCUUAUCUUAAUACAGUCGAUAAGAAUCAAGAAGUGGACAAUAAUUUUACUGAGUCAUUCAACUCUUGGAUACUUGAAGCAAGGUAUAAGCCCAUCAUUGGGAUGUUGGAUGACAUAAGAAUUAAGGUGAUGAAUAGGUCAAGAGAAAAUGAUGAGUUUGUGAGUAAGUGGUAUGGUUUGGUCAAUCCUAAUACAAUGAAGUUGUAUAAUGAAUAUUUGAAAAUAGCCCAAGUUUGCAAGGUCAAUGGUAAUGGAGACAGUGGAUAUGAGGUAAUAGAAGGACAUGAUAGACAUGUGGUGAAUUUGAGCAAGGAGGCAUUCAAGCUAGCAUACAAACACAAGUUGCAACCAGUUAGGGGCAUACAGUUUUGGAAUGUUGACCCUUCUCAGGCCAUGGAACCACCAGCUUUGGUCAAACUUGCCGGCAGACCCAGGAUUAAGAGGGAUAGAGGGAAAGAUGAGGCCCUUAAGAGGCAAGGUGAAUGGAAGCUUUCAAGGAAAGGUAGAGUGAUGACUUGCAACAACUGUAGAGAGCCAAAUCAUAAUGUUAGGGGUUGUGGCUAG